AAAGAGAUCAGUAGUGUCGGUGAAUGUGCCGCACAGAGGACGCGCGCUCGCGCCACUGUCCCGAGAUACCGUUUAGAGAUGAAGUGUCCUGCCUGUAAACAUCACAAUGUGGAGAAGAAAGCUAAAUUCUGCUGUAACUGUGGUAAUAAGUUACAGUCACAACCUGCUGUCACACAAGAUCCAGAUGCUGCUGCCACUGACAGCACUGCAGAUAUUGACAAAUCUCCAAAACGUCCGAAUGAAGAGACAAAUACUAAAAGAAAGAGAAAAAAAAGGAAGAAAAGCAAGAAGAAGAAAGAUGACGAUAUGUCAACAGACCCCGAACAAUCAGAUUUGUCGCUUGUUCCAACUGAUGACAACAAAGACACAAGACAUCAAGCAGGAGAUGGGUCUGAUAGUGAAAGCUCAGUAUCAAACCAAGAGUUUUCAUCUUUCGAAGACCAGUCCACUUCAGGAAAGCUAGCCACUAGUGACAGUACUGACGUGUUAAUGAAAAGUCCAGCAAGUCCACUCCCACCAAGUGAACCUAUGGAAGAAGAUAAAACCGGACCAGAUGGUAAUAGUGCCAGUACAUCUGACAACAUGCAGGUUGUGUAUGAAAAGGUGCCUAUGGUAAAAGAAAAUGCCCAGGGUGAACAGACGCAAGAGAACACUCAAACCCAACCACUAACUGAUGGCAAAGCUGCACCAUUACCACAUCCUAAUUCUGAUAAAAGCACCAAGGCUAAUGAUCAGAGCGAUAACAAGACAAACAAGAAAAAAUCCAAAAACAAGAAGGAUUCAUCCACUGCCAAUCAACCACAACUGGAUCAAAAUGUAAAUGGAGCUAAUGCAAAAUUGACUCAGGAGAUUAAGCCAAAGGAGGAAAAGCAGCUCCCACCAAGUCAACCAAUAGUAAAAGAUAAAACCAACAUGAAUCAAAGUGCAUCAGAUGAUGGUACCAAUGUUGCAUCUGAAGACACCCAAACUGUUAAUGAGAAAACAUCUGCAACUGUAAAAGGAAAUACAGAAAAACAGACUAAACAGGGUGACCAGACACAGGGCCAGAGUAAAGGGUCUAGAGUUGAUGAGAAGUCUAAAAAAGCACAGGGCAACACUCCACCCAGUCCGACCCACAAUACAGCUCCAGAAGUAACACAGCCCAAUCCUGAUCAAGGGACCAAGUCUAAUAACCAGGACAACAGGACAAACAAGAAAAAUCCCAAAAACAAGAAUGCCUCUGACUUCAACCAACAGAAACUGGACCACAAUGCAAAUGCAGAACCAAAUGAAAAACAGACAAAGGAGACCAAGAAACAGGAGAAUAAGAAAGAAAAAGAGCAAGUGCCAAGUCAGACCCAAACUGGGAAAAGUCAACAAACGAUGGUUUUCGGUCCAUACCCAGAGAAUAAAGGUUCAGGCUCGAGUGUGGACCUACCAACGAUCACUAUAGAAAAAAUGGAGGUACAGCAGUCUGGGACCAGUCAGGCCUCAACAGAAGAACAACCAUCAAAACUACUCGACCCAAGCAAAGAAAGUGAAGAGAGACAUGUUGACCACACAGGGCCCACUGCCCCAAGACCAGAAAAGCCAAAAAAGAUCAAAACAGUUGAUGCUAAAGACAGACUGGUUAUAUACUUUCAUGCAGUUCUCUCUAAGGACUUUAAAUUUGACCCAAACAGAGAUGAAAUCUUUAUCCAAGCAGGAGGACAUAUUGGGUCAUGGGGAGAAAACAUAGUUGAGCUGAAUGUGACAAGGAAAAUUGGAGAACAUGGGUUUCUAGUUGAGGGUGAAUUGGUGACAACCAAAUCCAAAGCGGCAAAUAGUUCCAUACCUUACAAAUACGUUAUUUUCAGAACUAAAAAGAGAAAAUAUGAGUAUGAGUACAUCUACAAGCUGGACACUCCUGAUGUGACCAAUCGAUGUUUAUUAGUGAAAGACAAUCUCCUAAAUUCUGAUGGAGCUUGGCAUCAAUAUGAUGACAUAAUAUGUGCUGAGGAAUCCGAGAAAGGAGCUUUCAGUUUCGUCAAAGAGAAAUUUAACAACUUGUGGUAUCAACAAAAGAGGGAUUUGAUUAAUGGGCGAGAAAUUGCUGGACAAAUAAUGCUUGAAAUAAUUUUUGAUCUUCUCAAGGACUGGUCUGAUGUUAAUUUAAAGAAUUUUCUAGUUCAGCUGAACCAGUUUUUUGAGGUUUACUCUGAUCCUUUUGUGUAUGAGAAGAAACGAAUCAAGUGGGAUUCCUUGGACUUUGGAAAAGAGAAGGUCAAAGAAAUGCUAAAGAAUUUCAUGCUAUUUAACAUGAUCCCUCAAUUGCUCAAGGACCAGGAGGGAAAGAGCUUCUUUGUACAGGAUCCACUUAGGGCGGCUGUCAUAAUGCUCAGUGUAUGUAACCGAUAUGGCAUUUUGUUGAACAGUGGUGAGAUCAGUCGACUCUGCACUAUACUGAGUUUGCCUGAACUCAACCAAGAGGACUUUGUAAAGUACUGGGAAGAGUUUUCACAUGACACUGCCAUUUUGCCAAAUUUGACAGGACUCUUGAUUUCUUUAAUGAAUGCUGCAAAGACUAAACACUUACCCCAUUGGAUUUUGGUGCUGCCUAUGGUCCACCUUCUUGAAGGCCUCACCAAGCCAUAUGAAGCUAUUGUGUCUGGUAGCAAAAAGGGUGUGCUAUCUUGGGCAGGUUUGCAGAGCAUUGACAACCUUGAUAACGUUCAAUACAUGAGCAGUGAAGACAGACGAAGUCUUGUUAAACUGAUGAAGAGUCAUCUCCAUCUUAAAGAGAUAGACGUUCUUGUGGUACGCUCCUGGUUGUACUUGAUAUCAGUUGGUGAACUGGUGGACUGCAGUAUCACUUUGAAACCAGAACUUCUGGAUAUUCUUCAGAUUUUUUAUGUAAAGCUCCCAAAAGAGAUCUCUUAUAUGAAUUCUGAGGAUGUCUCUAACACAAUAGCUCACAUACACGUUAAUCUUAUAGAAGAUAAGUACAGUCCCUUUACAGAGACCUACAGAAAGCAGUCCUUGGGUGCAGCAGUAAAACUAUUGGACAAAAUCUGCAAAGGAUCAUCAUAUUGUACAAAGUACAUUGAUAUUCUUGUGUCUUGUGUGCAUCUUGUUGCAUCAGUCGCAGACUUUGUUUCUGCUAAACCUUUGGAAAGUUCAGAAACCACAAAUGAGCAACAGUCUACAAAAGACUCCUUGGAUACCGCUCUGGACAUCAUCAGAAAAAAAAUCUGUCAGUGUUUCAGAAGUAGUCUGCUUGGGGACACACAGGAGAUUGAAAUGUGGAAUAAUAUCCUGUCUAUCAAGUUUAAAGAUGACCUUUGUACCACAGAAUGGAGGGACAAGCUAACAAAAGACUUUAAGGAAAGAUACAAACAGGAAUCUCCAACAAAACAGAUUGAAUACUACUGCAAGCACAGUGAACGCCUCAGUGAAUCACAUUCAUAUGUUACUUCUUGUAUUGAAGUGUGCGCUCUAGAUGCUGUUGCAUCUUUAUGCCAGACAAAAUCUGAAGGAAAGUUUCUCGAGAGGUUUGCUUUGAAUUGGUUUGGGAAGUUUGGGAAAUUGAUCUCAGCCAUAGUUGAGAAAUCAUGGCCUAAACACUGUGGGGAAUAUAGUGAUGAUGAAGAGACAAUCCUCCGCCAUCUACUUUCCUGGACUGCUUCUAAAAAGAUUUUUCAGCUAUAUGAUGGUGAGGAAGGGGUGACUGUGAAGCUCUCUGCUAUCGCAAAUGAAAGACUUGUGAUAGCAAUGACUGCCUUCGCCAGUGUUGUCAAUAUGUUGGUUCAUGGAAAUGUCAAGAUUGCCUUGCUCAACAUCAUUUUCGAGAAGAAAGAUGCUUUUAUAGAAUUAAUCCAGAUUGAUUGUUUCACAGAAAAAGUACAGUACAAAAAUGCGACUAAAAUGAAAAGACUGUUGCAGCAGAGGCAGAAUGAAGUCAAUGCUGUUUACCACGAAAAAGAGUUGGUGGAUAUUUUGGUAACUAUGAGCAACAAACUUGAGGAGAAAAUUACAGUUGAUGUGGACGACAUAAAGGAAAGCCAGCAUGUUAACAUUGAGAAAAUGCCACUAAAUAAUUUUAUGGAGGUUCAUCUAUUUGAUCAAAUAUCCUCAGACAAGGCUGGAGCUGUCACCUACUUUCAUUUGGAUGAAUGUAUCAGAGACAUGGCAGAAAAAAUGUACACAUUCAAAGACAGUCAUAUCUUCAAAGUGUGUUGGGACCAAUGUGUGGAAGCUUUUGUGGAAGAGGAAAGUUCUGACUCUGAAGAAGAGGAAGAUGUUUCACUGGAAGAAAUAUAUGAAAAUAUUUUUUUGGUUUGUUUUAAUCAAUACAAGGAAAUCUAUUGUUCUCUUAAAGAUGGCAGUAUUACACUUGAGAGGGUCAAUAAUCUCUUCAAAGAUUACAAGGAAAAAUAUGAAGAAUUGUUACAGGACCUGGAGAUCAUGUGUCGUCUUGAUCUCUCUGAUGACAAAGAGUGGGUCCACCGUCGUGUUCAACAGAUUGAACAGUUCCAUGAGCUUCACCUGGCUGUGGCUUCAGCAGAGAUCAUCAUGACAGUGAAAAAUAGCCUUGGUCUCCAGGGCGACUUCAGCAUUCUGGAGAACCUUAUUAAAGUUAAUCAUGAAAACUCUAAUAGAGUGCAGCUUAGUCAAAUUGAUAAUGAUUUGAUUCAAGCAAAAAAGGAUCUAGUGGAUAUAACUGAGGCCCGCAAAAACUGCCUGCAUGAGUUGGGACGCUGGAAGAACUUUGUCUACUGGGUCAAAGAGGCACUUGAAGAUAUCAAUGAAUUGAAGGUGUUUGUUGACCUCGCCUCCAUCUCCGCUGGAGAGAAUGACAUGGAUGUGGACCGGGUUGCUUGUUUCCAUGAUGCCGUCCUUGGAUACUCAUCUAUGCUUUAUGAACUAAAGCAAGACUCAGAUUUUCACAUUUUCAUAAUUGUGGUCCAGAAACUUUGGAGGGCUUUAGAGAAUGAUUGCAACCUGCCUAAUAAACUGCGUGACAGUGCUCGUCAUCUUGAAUGGCUGAAAACUGUGAAAGACAGCCAUGGCUCAGUGGAGUUGUCGUCUCUUUCUUUAGCUUCAUCCAUCAACAAAAAGGGGAUCUAUGUCAUCAGUGCACAACAUGAAAAAAGGCUAAGUCUUGAUGAGGCCCUAAAGCUCCAGAUCACAGAGGACCAUGAUGGUGACCGACAGAUGAGAAAUUAUACUCUUGAUGAUCUGAGAGAACUGCAGAACAAACUUAUGCUUAUGUCUGGGAAGGGAGAUCAGGGGCAGCAUGAAGUGGAUCAUUUCACAGAGGUUUUUGACAAUGUUCAGAGACUGUCUGAGGCCUUUAUCGCACUGUACACAGCUGGUAAUCCUCUCUUCAGACAAUGGGAAGCACAGAUUAGUUGCUGCACAAAUACUAAUGACCCCAGUAUUAUGAUGGACUUCCACCUCGACGGUGCUUUCAGUGCAGUUAUUAUUGAGGGCAGCCUUGAGGAACAGCUUCCAGAACUUUGUAGGAGAAUUGAGAAAUGUCUUAAAUUCUGGAUGGAUUUUGUGGAUAAACAAAGAUCACAGCACUACUAUCUCAAUUACUACACAGCUGAACAGAUUGUAUACCUAUGUAAUCACCUCUCUCAACAAAAUGUGUCCAGUGUAGAUGACCAAGCUCUGAUGAUGCUCUCUUUUGUCAAGCCUGACUGCUCUGCCAUGGACCUGAGACAUGUGUGGCACAAGCUCCAGUAUGACAUUCUUAAUCAGCCACAAGAACAAAAUGAGGACAUUGAGUUCCAGACAUUUACAAUGGUAGAAAGUGGGUUUACUGUUAUUAACAGUGACUUUGACCUCUUACCAUCACUAAUACAACAAGCAUGUGGGCUGCAGAAGUUUGAUCUAAUAUGGAAUUCUUACAUGAAAGACAUGAAGAGUUCACUGCCUGAUGUUCUUGAUUUGCGGACGCUUGGACGACUGUUGGAAAUACUUGCAAACAAUGUGACAGAGGGUGAAAGUGAUGAAGAUAUUUCAGAUGAAAAUAUUACAAUGUAUGUUUGCAGAGAACUUCCAAAUGGGUUAAAUGUUGGAAAACCAAAUCUGGUUGUUUGUCCACAUGAGGACAUCUUGAAAUCUUGCAUCUCCACCUACAUGAGCAGCAAAAAUGAGUCACUACCAACUGUUGACGAAGUGCUUCUGUGUACCUCCACUACACCUUAUGAACAAGUAGAGCUCUUCCUAAGACGCUGUCUCAACCAUGGGUAUAAAGGAUACAAGAUCUACUCGCUGCUGUAUGCAGAUGCACUGACAUAUGACGUGAGCUCUAAAGUUGAGAGCUUUUUUCAGCGCAUAAAAAUCCAAAGUAGGAGAGACUACAAGCUCGUGAUAUUCUGCAGCUCAGAAAAAGAGCAUGCUUAUCUUCCAUCUGCCUUUAGCCAGUACAAAGUACACAUGGUUCCCCAGGCUCCACUAGCAAAGAUUCAGGAAUAUCUGCAUGACCAUUAUGUUGUCCCUGAGGUCCAGUGUAGUGCUGCAGCAGUUUUUAAAGACAGGCUGUGUGUUGGUAUCGUCUCAUCUGCAAGAGCUGGUGUGGGUAAAUCUCUUUAUAUUAAGAGGCUGUAUCAAAAACUAAAGCAGUCAACCAAGAAGACUACAGUUAUGAAAUGCAUUCGCUUGACUGAGCCCACUGUCGAUGAGGAUGCUGUUCUCCAGUCUCUUCUGAACCACACAGAGAGGAGAGCCCUCACAGUGUUUCAUUUUGACAUUACAUCAUCGGUUCAGCGUGGUCUUCAUGAGUUUCUUUUCAAGCUCCUGUUUUUGCGCUAUCUCAAGGACUCUGAGGGGAAGGUGUGGAAAUGCAAUGAGAAGCAGCUGUAUGUAGUGGAGAUCUUGGAGCGAUCCAAAGCCACAGCAACUCAAGCUCAGAAAUCAUCAUUCACAGAUGUGUUUCCAAAUAUUUUCUGCCGACCUCCGAAGGAGGUACUAGAAAUAGAGCUGAGGAAAAACGAUGACCCCACUAUUUUUAAUAGUGAAGAUCCAUUGAUGGAUGAUGAAGAGUUCAGAAGUGCUGCCUUUCAGCGACCUUAUCAAUAUCUCACUCGAUUUCAUAAUCAUGCUGAUCUGGAUAGGUUCACAUAUAAGGGAGUCGAAGGCUCACAUGGGGAAUGUCUUCAGAUGCUUCUUAUGCACUGUGGAAUCAUGAACCCGUCCUGGGCAGAACUACGAAACUUUGCAUGGUUUCUCAAUCUACAGCUCCAAGAUUGUGAGACAUCUGUCUUCUGUGAUGCUGAGUUUAUUGGAGACACUCUUGUAGGAUUCAAAAGAUUUGUUGUAGACUUUAUGAUUUUGAUGGCUAAAGAUUUUGCCACUCCAUCACUUAGUAUUUCUGACCAGAGUCCUGGCACGCCACAUGUGGAUCUGACUGGUGUGAGAGAAGAAGACCUGGCGCCUUUCCUUAUUCGGAAGAGAUGGGAAACAGAACCACAUCCAUAUAUCUUUUUUAAUGAUGAUCAUGUGUCCAUGACCUUUAUAGGUUUUCACCUUCAACCCAACGAUCACAACGCUGUUGAUGCCAUAGAUCCUGCUUCAGGAAGAGUCAUUAAGAGAAAUGUUAUGACUAAACAGCUGUAUGACGGUCUACGGCUGCAGAGAGUGCCUUUUAACAUUGACUUUGACCGACUUCCAAGAGGAGAGAAAAUAGAGCGAAUGUGUAAUGUUCUUGGUAUCCAGUGGCCUCUGGACCCAGAUGAAACUUAUGAGCUGACCACAGACAACAUUCUCAAGAUACUUGCAAUCCACAUGCGCUUCAGGUGUGGCAUUCCAGUUAUCAUCAUGGGAGAGACAGGAUGUGGGAAAACAAGGCUCAUCAAGUUUCUUUGUGAGUUACGAAAAAGUGGAGUGGCUACAGAAAAUAUGAAAUUGGUCAAAGUCCAUGGUGGCACAAACUCACGCAUGAUCUAUGCCAAAGUCAAAGAUGCAGAAACUAUGGCUGCAAUCAACAAACAGGACUAUAGCUUUGAUUCUGUUCUAUUCUUUGAUGAGGCAAACACCACCGAGGCCAUCAGCAGCAUCAAGGAGGUCCUUUGUGACAAGACUGUUCAAGGAGAAGCUCUGACAUCAGGCUGUGGUCUACAGAUCAUAGCGGCAUGCAAUCCAUACCGCAAGCACACAGAUGAGAUGAUAGAGAGACUAGAAUCUGCCGGGCUAGGAUACAGAGUUCGAGCAGAGGAAACGGAUGAAAAACUUGGAUCUAUUCCACUACGGCAGUUAGUGUAUCGAGUGCAUGCCUUACCUCCAAGCAUGAUCCCACUUGUGUGGGACUUUGGGCAGUUAAAUGAUGACACAGAGAAGAUUUACAUUCAGCAGAUUGUACAGAGAGUGGUUCAAUGUCAUGUCAUCAGUAACGUUUAUGUAGAAACGAUUGUGAAUGUCCUCUCAGACUCACAGAAAUAUAUGCGCAAAAGAAAAGAUGAAUGCAGCUUUGUGAGUCUCAGAGAUGUGGAACGAUGCAUGCAGGCUUUUGUUUGGUUUUUCGACAAUCAUGCCACAUUCUUUGAUGAGAUUGACAAGUUUAAUUUGAAUCAAAGCAGUGAAGACAGAAAUGCCGUACUAUGGUCUUUAAUUAUGGCCAUAGGGGUGUGCUAUCAUGCCUGUCUUGAGAACAAGGACGGCUAUAGGCAGAAAAUCUCCAGAAGCCUACCACGAGAAUACAUCCCACAAAAGAUAAAGCAAGAAAUCACACUCAUGCAAGAUCUACUUCUCAGUGGGGUUCCUAUGGGAGAUACAAUUGCAAGAAACAAUGCCCUGAAAGAGAACGUCUUCAUGAUGGUGCUCUGCAUUGAGCUUCGAAUCCCACUUUUUUUAGUUGGAAAACCUGGAAGCUCAAAAUCUCUAUCUAAAACUUUGGUGGCUGAUGCAAUGCAAGGUCAAUCUGCCCAUUCUGACAUUUACAAAAGGCUCAAACAGAUCCACUUAGUGUCGUUCCAGUGUAGCCCUCACUCUACCCCAGAGGGAAUUAUCAAUACCUUCAAGCAGUGUGGACGCUUCCAGGAAGGAAAGAAUUUGAAGGAGUACAUUUCAGUUGUGGUCCUUGAUGAGAUUGGUCUGGCUGAGGACUCUCCAAAAAUGCCUCUUAAAACUCUCCAUCCAUUGCUUGAAGAAGGAUGCAUUGAUGAUGAACCCCUGCCUCACAAAAAAGUUGGAUUCAUCGGAAUAUCCAACUGGGCUUUGGAUCCAGCAAAAAUGAACAGAGGGAUUUUUGUUUCCCGGGGUGAUCCUGAUGAGAGAGAGCUUGUUGAAAGUGCCAAGGGUAUAUGCUCAUCUGAUAAAAGGGUUCUAGAAAUGGUGAGAGAUUUCUUCAAGCCAUUUGCUAAAGCCUAUUUAGAGAUCUGUCAAAGGCAAGGCAAUGGUUUCUUUGGCCUCCGCGAUUACUACAGCUUAAUUAAGAUGAUUUUUGCUGUUGCCAAGACAUCUCAGAGGAAACCCCGUCCAGAGGAAAUCAUGAAGGCAGUUUUGCGCAACUUCAGUGGAAGAGUUGAUAUAGAUGCUGUCUCUGUUUUCAAAGAUAAACUGCAAAUUGCGUCAAACCUGGCGAGCAUCAGUGCAAUAGAGUUUGUGAAAGAAAAUAUUCAAGCUGUCGGACAGGAUGAAGAGUGUCGUUAUUUGCUGGUACUGACCAAAAACUAUGCAGCUCUUCAAAUCCUUCAACAAACCUUCUUCAAAGAAAGUGGUCAACCAGAAAUUAUCUUUGGCUCUAGCUUUCCAAAAGAUCAGGAAUACACCCAAAUCUGCCGCAACAUCAACAGAGUUAAGAUCUGCAUGGAGACUGGGCAAACUGUUGUGCUUCUAAACUUGCAGAACCUCUAUGAAAGCCUCUAUGAUGCUCUAAAUCAGUACUAUGUCUUCUUGGGUGGACAGAAGUAUGUAGAUCUUGGAUUGGGGACUCACCGAGUCAAGUGCAGGGUCCACAAAGACUUUAGACUCAUUGUCAUUGAGGAAAGAGAGGUAGUCUACAAACAGUUUCCUAUUCCUCUCAUCAACAGACUGGAAAAACACUUUCUGGACAUCCACACUGUCCUCAAAGCUGAACAGAAAACAACUGUCCAAGAGCUGGAGAAUUGGGUGGAGCUUUUUGUUUCUUUGAGCAGUCAGCAGAGAGCCAUUGUUCAGGUGCACAAGUACAAACCCGCAGAGGUCUUUAUUGGCUACCACUCUGACACAUGUGCCUCUGUGGUGCUCCAAGUGCUGGAGAAUCAAAAUGACACAGUGGAAAUGAUUGAUCUAGAAAAGAAAGUUCUGAAUGAGGCUAAACUCAUACUCCUUAAAUGCGCCACACCAGAUUCAGUGGUUCGUUUGGACUGCAGUGACCUUCCCCGAGGAGAGAGUGAGCAUCUAGCCAAAGUCUACAGUGAAGAGCAGAAUACUGGAUGUUUAUCAGACUAUAUACUAGCUCAUAUUAGGGAGGAACAGUUUGGCAACACCUUCUUCACUGAGGUGACAACAUUUUCAAGACUUCUGACAGCAUCUGACUUGAAAUCACUGGAGCAAAAUGGUUUAAGUGCUGAACUUCUGUCAGUCCAGCAGUUUGACACUGAGCACUCCUUCUUAAAAAAGAUCAGAAACUUCCUAACAGCUGGUCCAUACAAUUCUGAACCAAACAUCAAGAUACUCAUCAUUCAGUGCGAUUAUGAUGAAGCUUCUCACAGUGUCAAUCUUAUUGCAUCUGCAAAGUACUCGUCCAUAAAUGAAAUCACAAAGAUUGUCCUAGGGAACACAGGCCACAAAGUGUUUGUAUACUUCAUUUCAAGACUGCCAAGAAUGAUCGGAGGGACUUCCUAUGUUGGCUUUCAUGGGGGACCUUGGAGAUCAGUUCAUAUUGAUGAUCUUAGAAGAUCAAAUGAAAUAGUUUCUGACAUCAAAAUCCUGCAAAGAAUGACAAUCAGUCAGUUGUUUGAGACCAAUAUUAAUGAACCUGAAGCCAUGGAGGUAGAUGAUGACAUGUACAUGGAGACAGAACAGGAGAACACAGAGUCUGAGAAGAGUCCAAAUGGGCUGGAUUCUGUCCUGGACACGGCAACACUGGUGCGGAGCUGUGUGCAGAGUGCAGUCGGGAUGCUGAGGGAUCAGCUGGAGAGUGGCUUCCGCAGCACUCGCAGAGUGGAGAUUCUGCUCACUCUUCUUGAUGGCGAUGAUGAAAUUAAAGAAGGGUUUAACAAAAUAAUAAAGAGACAUCUUCAUGUUUUAUUGGCCACCCAUGUUGACACCACCUUUUUGUCAAUUAAAAACAACUGGGUCAUGAGGGAGGCCUCCAACAUUGACGCCCUGCAAGAAGGAGGGACUUUCAGGAACACCUUAUGGAAACGCAUUCAGGCUAUGGUGGUCCCUAUGUUGGCUCACCUAGUCGCAAUCAGCGACCGUGACCAAAACUUGGAUUUACUGUUGGACACAAACAGUGGAACUUCUCUUAAAAAGCUGUGGUUAAACAUUUUUGGUAAUGACAAGCUUCUUAAAAUCUCACCAUUAAGCCAAGACCCCAACUCUGAGAACAGAACUAUCCUGGUCCAAAACUACAUCACUCCAAAGAUGAGGAUUGGGUGCAGCAUGCCCUUUAGCUGGAGGAUCAGAGAUUACCUGGAGGACAUGUGGGUUCAUGCUCUCCAGCACGAAGGCCAAACAGAACUGCAGUUUGAUGAAUUCUUCUGGAAAACUCCAUUGGGGCUUUUCAUUGGAAACGAAGACCAUGACACACAGGCAGAAUUCUACCAUCGAUAUCUACAGGAUUAUGUCUCCCUGACCAUGAAUGUAGCCUGUGAAGAAGAGAUGCAGCUCCUGAGUGGUGCUUUGAACUGCUGUGUGAAUGAACUGAAGAUAAAACUGGAAGCCACAGAUAGAUCCACAUGUCUGUCCUGGAUUCACGCUGCUUAUCACAAGUUCAAGAACAGACUGCAGAACCUCUCCAGGAUCAUCUGCUUAGAACCGCGAGUCAUUGGACACCUCUUAAGAAAUCCUAAUUCUAGAGAUGGACCUGAAAUGGUUCUGGAUGUCUAUGCUGCUUUUGCUUGUGUGGAACAUCUGGAGCCUACAGAUCUGAACACAGAUGAACAAAGACAAACUUGGCUCAGGCAGGUUCAUAAACUCCAAGUCCCCAUUGAACUAGUGUGCUCUGAAGACAGUGUGAGAGACUAUGGAGAGAGAAGCAAGAUAAUUGUCACCAGAGUGCAGUCUGCUUGGAAUCGGAUAUUUUGUCUUUCUUUAUUUGUGGAGCACAUGUUGCUGAGCAUUGAAGAGCUAAAUGACAAGCUGGUCCCUAUAGUUUUAGAGCACAUGCGGAGACUUUGGCAGAUUUUGGAAAGGAACACCAACUUGAAAACAAAAGACACAUUUGAAACAGUGAUUGGUUUACUAAAAAGCUGCAAAGAUGGAGCUGUUGACUGCAUCUUCAGGUUUGGUCUGCCUCGGUGUUCAGUGUGUAUUGGAGACCCUCAGGACCCAGUCUGCCUCCCUUGUGAGCACAUCUACUGUUUGAACUGCAUCAGACAGUGGCUUGCUCUAGGGCAGAUGUACUGUCCAUACUGCAUGCAGCCAGUUAACGAUGACUUUACAGUCAUUUCUUCCAAUGCCAUAAGGGAUAAAAUAAAUAUACAUGCACAGUUUAGAAGGCGUUGCAAUGCUUUCUUUGUGGAGCUGGUGUCAUCCAUGUGUUUCAAAGAUAACUCCCCACCAACCAGAGUUAUUCAUGAUCUACUGUCAUUUCUCAUGCACCAGGAAAAUUCUGCACCAAUACCUGGAGCACAAAGAGGGAGACAGAUUGUUACAAAGGAGUUUUCACCAUUUGCUGAAUCUCUUGAUAAAAGCCCGGUGGUUCGUUCAGUAGUGCUCAAACUCCUCUUGAAGUACAGUUUUGAUAAAAUCAAGAAGUACUUGAAGCAUCAUCUCGAAGCUGUAGAGGAAAGCAACUUAUUGGACAAUACAGAGAAGACUGAACUCUACUCGUUGUACAUAAAUUGUUUUGAGGACUCCAUGUUUGAGAAAUUGUGCAUUAAGGAUGAAAGUGACUUCCUUGAUGUCCUGUCUAGAGACCGCCAGUCUCUUAAUUCAGCCACUAUAGAGUCACUGCAGCAAGUGGCAAGAGUUCGCUUGGACCUGGACAUGGCUGCUAGUCUCAUUACUGAAGAAACCACAACCACAGAAACUCAGGAACGUCAGGCAUUCAGUGUUUUCCUGAAAAGUGUGAAGCACUUGUGCACACAGAGUAAGAACGACUGGUAUCGUAUUUAUUUAAUUCGGAAAAUUGGAACUCAACAUGGAGUCGAGCAUGUCCAGAGCCUCCUCAAAGUUCAUCAAAUGAGUUGGCUUUUCCCUGAGGAAAUUCUACAAAAGGCUGAAGAGGCCCCAAUGGACCUGUUUCUUGUGUGUGGUCCUGAAUAUCAAACCAUCCGAAAUGCUGUUGCAAAGGUAAUUCUGGAUGGCACAGUGGAUGGCCUGGAUCAGACUUGUGAGAGGUGCAGAUGUGCAAAUCAAAGCAGAGCAGUUUUUCUGCUUCUAGCACUGUACAGAGAAGUCACCACAUGGUACAGAGAACCCAAUCCAAGUCUUCAUCCCAAACCUGAGCAAUUAGACCUGUGGAUGAGCUACAUUCAGGAUUCUAAAGUGCUCACUACCCCGGAGUUAAAAGAUUUUGCCCAGGGUCUGGUCUCAAAUCAGCUUGGACCUUUAACUCUCACACCCGCACUCUCUAGAACUCAGUGUGUCUUUAUUGAACUCACUGUUCAUCUGGCUGCUGUGCUGCUCUGUGGAAACCAGCACAUUUUGGGCCCUCUGAAGCAGUUAGCCCUGGCUCCUGCCACCAUGCAGGGGGCGUUCCUACCCAGCAUGCCAGAAGACAAGGUUACAAUGGCACAGCAAGCUAUGGGACAGGGCUUGCGCUGGUACAAUUGUCCAAAUGGCCACCCAUGUGCUAUUGGUGAGUGUGGUAGGCCCAUGGAAAUAAGUCGCUGUGUGGACUGUGGUGCAGCAAUAGGGGGAACGAAUCAUAUGCCACAGCAAGGCUUUCAACAGGCUCAGUUACUGGGUGACCGCACUCAGAGGGGCCAUGUCCUCGGUGACCCUAGGCGCAGAGACCAUCCUGACAUGUUGGACACAAAGAGUCUUUCCCCUGUUUCUUUUGCUAUUGUCCGUAUGGUCACACACAUGACUAUGUUGUUUGGUCUAUGCAAAAACGCACAGAUGAUCUCGACCAUGAUCAUGCCCCAAGUUGAUAACCCAGGACAGUUUCUCCUUGCUCACCUGAGAGAGGAUCAGAAACAUCUGACCAAAUCUCUUGGAAAAGGAGCAGAUGAUACAGUCAGCUCUGUCCAUCUGAUCAUCAGCAGCCUCCUUCAUCCUCCUCAGCAACAAACAUGGCCAGUUGGUUUUGACAAUCAGCUCUCCACCAAUACAGCCAGAAAUAAUUGGGAAAUUGAGAUGAGCAACAUAAUUGCUUCACAAUUUUAUGGUAUAGUUCUUACUAAUUGCAUUUUUUUAUUUAUUUUUUCUUUCUCAUUGAUACUCUGUACUUUAAAGAACCUGGACAGGCAGCUAAAGGAGGUGAACGCAUUCAUUCGCUCUGAUGAUCGCAUUUCUGCCAGUCCAAUCAUGAAAGUCAUGUUCGGAGACCCUCAGCUGUUUUUGGGCUCUAUGCCAGAAAAGUCUUUGAUCCAUUGUUCCACUGUGUGGAGCUGUAGGGAGAAAGUAUCUCUUUUAGGACUUACACACAUUUUAGAGCAGAGUGGCAGAGACACAUUACCAGUCCUCUAAUUCCUCCACAGGGAAGCUGAGUACAGACUGGUGAAAUUCCUCCCUGACAUUUUGACUCUUCAAAAAAAUCUGGUCAAACAGUUCAAAACGUCAGUGAGCUCUGCUCCACAAUUGCAGAUUUUUCUGCAACGUCAGCAAUCAGUGUCCCCUAAGGCCUGGUACGAGAAGCAUAUCAACAUUGUUUUGACUACCUGGAAUCAGCUUAGAGUUUUGGCAACCAAUGGUGAGAUUAAACCUCCACCUGCUUUCGGCGAGAGGGACUUGGACCUGCACUGUGUUAGGGUGCUGUUACCCAGUCGCCGUGGACCAGGACUCUGCUCACGGCCCUUGUCCAGUUAUCUCAUCUCCCUGCACAAUGACUUGGUUUACAGUGUGGACAAGCUCACUGGAGAGGACACCAGGUGGGUUAUAAGUGGGCCAGCUGAUCUGACUGACCUCCAUGUGAUCCGUUACGAGCUGGACAGAGACCUCAUGCCCCUGGUUCUGUCCAACACACAAUACAGCAUUGAGAAAGGCCAGGAGACAGUGCACGAGUAUGACCUGCCUAAAAUCCAGCAGCAGAUUGUGUCACGCUUUCUAUUAGGCAAACCUCUUAUCACUCUAAAAGGUAUUCCUACUUUAGUACACAGACAUGACCGUAACUAUGAGAUAAUCCUGAAGGACGUAAAGGAAAAGAUCAACAAGUAAGAACCUCUCCAAACCCUCACGCAGUGUGCUGUGAGCACAGAGCUGGACUCUUACAGUGAGGUGUGUGAGGCCUUGUCCACAGUGGAAAUUGCUCUUGGGUUUCUUGCCAUGUCUGGGGGAGAUCCCUGUAUGCAGUUAUCUUGUUACCUGGAAGAGGUGCUGAAAAUGGCAAAUCAAACCCCUCCACAUAUCCUCAAGGCCUUGAGUAUGUGUUCUCUUAAGCAUUGCGCUGCACUAUGGCAGCUGCUUGGGUCUCUCAAUCACAAGGCCUGCUCAACUUAUGUGGGUAUUGGUGAAUUAUUGAUUUGUUUGUUGUUGUAGGAUCCAUUUGGAGAUGUUUCUGAGGAGUACAAGCAGGAUCUCGGAGUGGACGAGCGCAGGCUGCUGACUGGCUUCUUCUCCAAAAACAGUGCUGACUCUUUCCUGCUGGAGAUGCAUGAGUUCCUGAUACUACUGCUCAGCAAGCCCAGGGCUACAGACACCUUCAAACCUGAGUGGGGUCUAAAAGACACGCUGGUGUCCUACAUGGAGCGCAAAGACAUGGAUGUUCCCCCUGAUGUGGAGGAGCUGUUCCCAGAGGAAAUUUCUUUGUCUCAUUAUGUUGAAGCUUGGAAAUUCUGUGUCAGUUUCAAACAGGAGAGGACAUUAAGAAUUUAAGACAAAAUUCACUUGAUGUUAAUAUUCCUCAAGUCAUGUUUACAAUUAUUAUGAAUCAACAUGGUUGAUUUAGGCAAAAGAUUGUGGGAUAAGUGGUCACUUUUUUUUCCUAGUUCUGUUCACUCCCAUCUUAAUUUUUGCACUUUAUUUGUCACAUGAUGGUUGUUAAACAACAAUCAAGAAUAUUUAUCUCAGGUAAAGAUGUGUGACUUAUACUAUGUUUGUUAUAU